AUCUUCUGUCUCCCAUCCGCAGCUCUUGCAUCGACUCCCCGGCCUGUUGCUGUACAGGCUGUUCCCUCGCCCGCCGAGUCGCUCCCACCUUUCAUAUCCCAGAAGAGCUGGUUGAACGGCUAGCGCUACACCCGCAGUUUUGCGAGAAAACCAGGGAUUACAUACAACGAUGUCUGAAGAGGUUGAGGGAACAAGAACUGCGGAGGAAAAGCAGGAAAUGGAGGACACAGUAAUCAGUCCUGAGAAGGCAGAGGAGGCCAAGCUGAAGGCCAGGUAUCCUAACCUGGCAGCCAAGCCUGGUGGCUCUGACUUACUGAGGAAGAGACUUCAGAAGGGGGUGCCCAAGUAUUUUGACUCUGGUGACUACAACAUGGCAAAGGCAAAGAUGAAGAAUAAACAGCUUCCAUCAGCCCCAACGGAGAAGACCGAGAUCACAGGGGGGCACAUCCCAACACCUCAGGAUCUGCCUCAAAGAAAGACAUCAAUCGUGGCCAGCAAACUGGCUGGUUAAUGGGUUUUAUGUUUACCGUUAUGUUAUCAUUCCAACCCCCACUUUAUAUCUUUUUGGUUUAUUUUUGUUUAUGUUCACCUUUUUAUAUGUAUUCUCUAAGAACAAGUAAUGAACCAAGCCAAAUUCUUGAGAAAAAUGGCCACUGCCAGGCACUGGAUUGCCAGUGAGCUAAGUCCAACAAAAAGUUAAAGCUGCAAAUCCUUCUCAAGAUCUUAAAAAUACUGAAUAGUGAUUGAUGACAACAAAAUAUUAUAAAUAUGAGUGGAAGUUAAUGCUAUCUUAUACAUUUUCACUUUUUAAGGAUAUAUACCUCCAUACAAAUUGCCUGUCUAACAGCAGCUAAAGAGCAGCAGAGGAAUCUUAAUCCGCCAUGUAACUGAUCAUCACAGGCAAACAUACUAGUCACCACCACAGACCAUUGGCAUUGAUGUACUCAAAAAGUAGAAGUGUAAUUCACAGAUAUGUAUUUCAGUUUCAAAUGGUUUUGACUAUUCUACUGCUCGUAUGGAGGCACAUAUUUCACAUAAAUAGUGAAAAGUGGUGAAAUCCUGCUUUUUCUUUGUUUCUAACCCGUGGUUGUUUCCCUUCCUCUCUCUGUGAAGCCGUUCGAUUCUGUGCUUUCCAAGUACUGAAGAUUGGAUCACACAUGCUUUGUAGCCAGUUGUAUUUAAUUCAUUUUAGUGACAUUGGUUUGCAAUGACUGCUGCUGGUCUCCAUCUCAUCCUGACAUCUAAAAUGGCCUUAAAAGUAAUGAAUCGUUGUUCCUCUUGAGCAAUAUUUGCUCCCUCAGUGAGAAUCUUAGUUAUGAAUUUUGCCUGAAAUGUCUGUCACUGUCUGACUGGAAUCGCUUAGGAUUUUAUGGAAAGAAACUCCCAUGACAUGUCUGGAGUGUGCAUGUGCAUUUACUGUGCAGUCACACUGUGCCAUUUGUUUUGUAAAUAAAAUAGUUUUGCAUAAUAUGUUACAAGUACACUUA